CCUUAUUUUAGUAUUAUUUCCUUGCGCAUGCUUGCGUACUGACUCAAAUCGGCGCUGGCCCGUGAUGAGGGCGCCGAAAUGCUGCUUCCUGUUGGUGAGGAUGUUCACAGUCCGCUGUGGAAGCGAAAAGAGACACCCACCACCACCAAUUUAGCCAUGUUGGGAGGCAGAGCAGUUGGAACCAAGUACGCUUCACCACAGCGUAUCCGCACCCCCUUGGCACCCAUCGCGCUCAGUGACGCCCUAGGCAACAAGAAUGUCUAGAUGUGAGAAGUGAGAAGUAAUACAUAAAAAAGGCCUUCCCCAAACAAUAAACCUUUGGCCCCUUUGAAGUGCAAAUCCAACGAUGGCAUACAACGAUGAUAAUCACGAGUGGCUUGUGCCACUCGCCAACAUCUGCACUUGUGCAGAUACCAACGGGUACUCGCAACUUCAUUGCAUGAUUCAUAGCCCCUUGUUUCAACAGAACGAGCAUGAUCUCAGAACUCAGGCUCGUUCUGGAACAAACAACUCUGCCCAGCGGUUCCCCGAUGCUUCCCAACCUUUGAAUGCCUACUAUGCGUCCACCUAUGGCUAUUCAGGUGACAUGCAGGGUGGAACAAGAUAUUCCGAUCAGGAACAUCCCAGUUUCACUCGUGGCAGCACUGGGUCCUUUGCCUGGGGUAGUUGGAAUGGUCAUGGUCUUGCCGAAGGACCCCUGGACGGGCUGCUCGAUGACUUUUCCUCAUUCAGUUUUGCUGAACCUUUGUAUGGGGGAGUCCCGAGUGUUAGUCCUCCCGGGCAGCAAGCGAGGAACAAUGACAGCAGACCACAACUCUAUUCAGAAAAUGAGAUGCUAUUUGCUGCCCCAUCGCACGCAACGUUCGGUACCAGCGCCCCUCCCGGCAAUCAGCAAACGCCCAGAAGGACCAGUGCCCAAUUCGACCAACCACGAACAUACUCGAGGCUCGCUUCGAAACCGCCUUACCAUCCCUCCGAACAUCCAUUCCUUCAACCAUCAAUGCAGUACGACGCAUCAGAUUUGACUGCGCCACCUGCUUUCCAAGACGAUAGCAACGACAAGAACCAAUGCGAUAUCUGUGGCCAGACCUUCUCCCGGCCCUAUGACCGCCGUCGCCACAUGGGAAAGCACAUGGAAGAAGCCCAUUACAAAUGCAGACAUUGCACAAAGACAUUUUACAGACCAGACAAGCUCUACCUACACGCAAGACGCCACGGCUCGGUCUACGAGAGGGAGGUACGAGAAAUGUUUGGGAAGAAGGCGUCGAAGAACGCGCGUUGAGAAGAAUGGACAUUGUAGCGAUGCUGGACACGGUACUUGGAAAUUCGGAUUUGGUAAGCCCAUGUUUUCGUGGACAUACAUCAUGGGCUGCUUUGUUUACGACUGUUCCGUUACGAUUUUCUUCUAAUGGUUCAUUUCCUCCAGACUUGUGGAGUCUUUUCUCUACAAGUACGACGUCCAAUGAUACCCCAAUGUAUUAUUAGUUAAGUUCUAACCCUCUGGAUACUUGAUCGCCUCUUCUAAGGCACAAGUAUCCUACUUGAUUGGUUAUCUAUAUUGUUUCUAGCUUUGCUAGAACAAAUGACAUACUCGUUGAAACGAAA